AUGCCCUCAAGCUCCAGCUCCUCCUCGGAGGGCGCCCCCCUCGCCGACUACUUUUGGAUCGCCGGCGUGGAUGGUACGGAGAUUCUGGACACUUUCAAAAGAUUGGGCGAAGACUACCGUACCAAUGGCGCUGCCUCCCCUGGUCCUGCCCUCGCAGACACCAUUCAAGAAGAUGCCGACGCCGAAGAGGAAUACAAUCCCGAUCCCUCUCGACCCAACUCCAUGCUGUUUACCGGUGUCAGUCGCCGGAGCUCCGUCCAACGACUAUCCACCCUCUCCAAAACCUCGGAAGGCACAAAUGGUGGGAGCAACAGCAAUCGCAGCAGUAUGACCGUCAAGGGUGGUUCCUCGCCCCUGCGCGCCUCGGCCCUCUUCUCAGAUGACUUCGAUUUCGACUCCGCUUUAUACAAGUUCGCCAACGAGCGCGACUCCUUUCUGACCGACCUGAGUCUCAGUGCCGGUGCUAUCACCCCGAAUACCCGCCCGCGAUCCCGAGUUCGUACGCAGAAGAUUGUAUCGGAGGAUUCACCCUCCCCUGGUGGGAAUCUGCUGCGAUCAGGCAUUGGCAGCGUGCGCCGACACAUGGCAUUCCGGGAUAUGAACAGCAUGAAGCGGCAGCCAUCUGUCGCUCGUCAGUCCUCGGUACGAACCUCCCGACGACUUAGCAAUUACAAUUCGGUUAUCCCCGUCCCCCAACCCCUCGAGAUCUCCCCCACAAUGCACCCUUUGAAACGGCGCUUUGAGCCUGUUCUUCUCGACCGAUACCCCACACGAAGCAUGCCAGACGAGUUGAAGCAGCGCGGCAACUUCCCCGACUAUGUUCCCAUGUUCGCCUUCCCCAACGAUAUCAAUAUUGUGUCCUCCGACCAGCGACCGCGAUCGACUUGGCACGGGUUCGCUAUGACAACGGACAAUGGGUCGAGGCUGCAUGCGAUUUGCGUGACUAUGUGGAUACCACUGAACCAGAAUGCAGCAGAGGAGCUCGAGAAGCGGUGCGAGGAAUGGCGGAAAGACAACAUGACCGACGAGGAGCGUGAACUCGCCGCAAGUCUAGGCGAGCGGCUGGCAUUAGAAAGGGCCAAAUUGUCCAGAUUGCUAGCUCAGCUCCCGACGGUCCAAUCAGGAUCCGAAUCUCGAGAACAACUGGAAGAUGAGAUCAGUGCAGUAGAAGAGAAGAUCGGACUGAUGACCGACCUCUUACGCCCCGUCCGUCACGGCGCGGCCUCGAAGAUUGAGGGCCUGACCGAUGGUGACACGGGCUUCUGGAUCCCCCGUUCUUACGGUAUUCUGGGCCGAGAAAGCACCAUGACAAGCUUUUGGAAGGAGUGGCUCAAGGCUAUCGUGGUGCCUAUGACAGAAGGUGGUGUCCAGCAUGUGCCUCCGCCGUCCCCCCGAAUGGGUCUAUGGCAGCCACUGGAGCGAUAUGUCAUGAAUCUCUGCACAGAAGCAUUUGCGCCGAUAUCUUCAAAGACUCAGGUGGAACUCGCGAUUCGUGAGCUGCGACUGUUUGCGCGAAAGGAGGCACCAAACGAAAUCCCCGGCUCUCGGAAUACUGAUUUGUAUGCUCUGUUCCGAACAUUAUCGGUACCGAACAUUCUCAUUCUGUUCGAGUACGCUUUGACCGAAGCCCGCAUCAUCUUCCUGUCCAGUCACACUUCCAUGUUGUAUCUCGCCACAAGGGCACUGGUUGACCUCUUGUUUCCCCUGGAGUGGACAGGAGUUCUUAUUCCUGUUCUCCCCGCGCGCUUGAUCCAAGCCCUCGAGGCACCCUGUCCAUACAUUGUCGGCAUUGAGCGCCGAUACGAGAAAGUGGAGCUGCCGACCGACGACUUUGUCCUCAUUGAUUUGGACAACAAUAUGAUCGAGAGUACCUUCCAGCCCACUCCUCUCCCACGCCAUCAACGCAGGAAGCUUUUGUCGUUGCUGCAAUUGGCCGCUCCUCAGCACGGACGAUGCCACGUUCCCACCGGGCCUCCUGCAUAUGCAAUUGAGACAUACCCAUGGGACGCCUUCUUGUCCGAGAGCAAGGCUACUUUCACUUCAAAAGCGCCUGCAACUAAUCUCGCCAAGUACGUCGGUCUGAAUUCCAGCGCAUUCGGCUCGACCGCCGUUCUCCCAGGCUCCUACACGCCGCCAAUCUUCAAUGUAUUCCUGCACGCCCGCAACGAGGCCGGUCCCUCACGUGGAUACUCGUCUCGCGGUAAUGAGCGUCCUGGAACCAGCUCAACUGUCAGGGCGGGUGCAUCUCCACCAUCCCCCAGAGAGAGCUCGCCUACUUCUGGUUUCUUCCCCCCACCCCCACCCACGCCUUCAUCCCGCAAUGAUUCCGGCAUGGCGUUGCAGGCCUCCUUGCGCGAGAAGCGCUCAGGUCACUUCGAUGCUGCGUCUCGUCGGAGUUCGUCAUUCGGAAUGUCUCGUCGACCGAGUGCUCCAUUCCUGGGUCACGCAUCUAACCUCUCGGUGACCACACUCAACACAGAAUACGGGGGUGGAUCCACCUAUGCCCCGUCUGUUUAUGCGCAGUCGACUAUUGCCGCAUCGACCAUUGUGCCACAAUCCUCCGUGCAGCCUGUAGGCAGCAAUGAAGGGACAUGCUGGGCCGAGGGCCACUUCUUCCAGGCACAGAUGUGGGACGAUAAGUUGACAUGUGCUAUUUGCGAUGAUCAGGCUGAAGAAGGCAUGUACAAAUGUUCUGCCUGUAAAUUGACCGUCCACAACCGCUGUGCAUCCAUGGUCUGUCUACCGUGUGAUGCUGCCUUCCAUCCCGACCAGGUCCGCGCUGCGUUCGUGAGAUGUUUCGCCAGCUUGUUCUACACGUACAAGAAGUUCCUUGCACCAGCGAGUAGCGAAAAGAAGAAGCAAGGGUUGUUUUACACUUUCAACGUCGAAGCUUUCAUGAAAAGUCUUCCUAGCGAACAUGCUGAAUACAUUGCGAUUCUGCAACAAACUCAAGGUUUCAACGAGUUUAUCAGUGACCGUGAGCGCACGAGCCCGAAGUCCAAGGACCCUCGAAUGGCCUUGUUCGACGAAAUUGUGCUUUCAAAGCGCAACCGCGGCCGCACAUCGAUCUUCUCUGGCCGUUCAACAACAGACUUCCUCUCAGACACCUCUAACCACCUCUGGCGCACAGCCAGCGCCACCUUCUUCCCUCCAAGCAGCCGUAGCCAGCAAAAUCUCGCCACCGAUUAUGGCAGGGUCAUCACACGAGCACCGGCAAAACUCGACACCAGCCUGAUGACCGAGCCCCGCAUGAUCCACGGCGCCCCACGGGUCUCUAAAACAGCCAAUACUGCGCGCAGAAAGCCCUUGCCCAACCUCAUGAAUGGCCUCGCCAUAUCUCCCCCGAGCUAA